AUGCCUGGUUUGGUAUGCGAGCAAGACCAUACGGAGCCCUUGGAGUACCUCCAUAUGGUCGAGCCACCAUCAGCAGUCACAGAUUAUAAGGACAUACACCUUGAAGCCCCCGAGGCUAACACUGCUGAAGCGAGCAAAUCUCCACAGGAGUCAACACACCCUGCCAAGGCAGCCACUAAACUCUCCCAAUUAGACGGAAGGUCUGAAAUCUGCGUUUCGCCGUCAUGGGCAACAGACAAGGAGAGAAGAGAAAAGAAGAGGGAGUUAAAAAGACUGGCCAGGGAAAAGAAAGAGUUGGAACGGUUUUUGAAACUUGAAUCAAGGAAUACUGAUCAAGGCUCGGUCAGAGAGCCUCGACGUUUAACAAAGAAGCCACCAUCCAAUACGCCCAGUCGAUCCUCGAGCAUAAGGAGCUAUCUUCCACGCUCCUCUACGGCUCCGUCAGUUUUGGGAUUUUGGUCCAAUAGCGCAUCAAAAGCUAAUUCCAUAAACGAACCUGACAAUGGCCAUUCAGCACCUCCACCGACAGGUGCCGAGCCAGUGCGUACUUCAUUGGAAACCAUGAAGCCCAUAUUUACAGGUCACUGGCCAUAUCGUUUUGGAGUGAAGACGACCCAGGUUGUAGCAAAUAAUAAUGAUCCCUCCGGUGACUUAAAUUCUGUCCCUCCACAAUCCACGCCUUCGAAUCCGUCAGAUAUUCCAGGCCGUCAACUCCACGCAACCAAAAAGCAUGCGGAUUUACGCGCUGCUGCAAACUUCUUUCGACUCAAUGGUCCUGGCUCCCCACCAAUCGAAUCAGCGCCUACUAAGACAUCUUGGAGUAAGGGAGUUAAUCGUCAACUGUCAGCUGGGGGCGGAAAGAAGCUUCGACGCAAAUCUCUCAAAGCAGAACACGAACCACACAUGUAUUCUUUGCGUCGAGGUCCUUCUGAUACGAACGGGAACGACACGAAAUCAUCCGGACAACCUGAGAAUAGCACACCUUCCACAACUGAAGGUGAUCCAUCUCUGACUGCGUUGGAAUGCCUAUCUCCAAGUUUGCAAAAUGCUUCACAAAGUACCGUUCUUAAGUCUGCUGAGAGCAUUAAUACAUUGAAAGAUAUUACCAACCAACAGAACAGUGAAGCAAGUUUAACAAAGAACGCCCCAAAAGAUGCGGUCAAAAAACCCACUUCAAAACCCCCUUCAAGACCUCAAAAGGCUAUAAAAAACAGCGCUGGGAAUCACCUUGGACACGGACGAAUGUCAUCAUGGAGUGAAAUAUUUAAAAGUUCUAAUCGUGGUUCUAGUGUCACUCUCAAAUGUCGUGUUCAAUCUUUGGAGCCAUCCCAGAAAAUGCCGAACGCAGAAGUAUCCGAAUUUAAAACUAGUGGACCAUAUGAAUCUACCUAUUCCAUUGACGAUAUUUUCGCAAGCCCUAUUUUCAAGCUAACCAAUCCGAUCAAACAGGAGAAUGGUCAUGUCACCACCGAAACUAAAAAUGUUGUUAAUGAUUUGGCGCAGGUGCAGCCGCAGCCGCAGCCGCAGCCGCAGCCGCAGCCGCAAACUGACUCCAACCAAGAUAUUACACAAGCGAAACUUUCUCCCGAGCAUACUCUAAUCCAGGAGACAACAACAGUCACCAACAGCCCGUCUCUGGAGCCGUCGGUCAACCCUCCAAAUAUCAGACGACCUGAGAAUACUAUACGAUUGGUAUCCAAACCACUAAAUUGUGAUUCCCUAUUCAAGUCAUCCCCGCUAGCUUCUCCGCCUCUCAAUACCCGGGAAGAUGAGGUAUCUGCUCAAUCAGGACAAUUACCUAAGUGCGAAAGUUUUCCAUCUGUUAUAUCACCUGUUGCUGCUCCUCAGCAGUUAGAGAUUUCAAACGGUAAAUCUCUUCUUUUUUUCACAAGGCUGUUAGGACAUACCAGCAAAAAGGAUAAAACCCCAGGUGUCUUUGACUCUCAUAGCACAAAGAAGCCAGGAAAGGCGGUAACUUCUGAUAAAGGGAAAGAAAAGUCGGCGCCAACGACUGCAUCAACAGAGUCGCCAAAACCGAAAGACGAGGAUGUCAAGGCUGCUGCCAAGUCUCCAAACUCCGUGGAUGAUAUGCCACCCGCAAAUGCAGACAUCUGCCAUAACAAAUCUGUCUCCCUGUUGGAAAACCCCACGAAUAAUUAUUUCCAAAUUCCACCAAAAUCCUCUAAGCGCAAUAAUGAAAGAUUCCCUACCAGUUCUCAACGAAAAUUCACUAGUUCCGUAGAACUCCCUAGUACUACCAGUGAUGGAAUCGAAACCCGGCCCCAAAAGAAGCACUCCAUUUCCAUAGAAAUACCCAAAAGCCAACUGCCUCUUGAUUCACGUACAGUGAGAUACAAUAGCAGUAGGACCUCCUCCAGCCAACCCUCCCCUGCACUGUCAAGCAGAAAAUCUACACCGACAAUCUCCCAACUCCACACCUCAAAGCACCCGAAAAUAAACCCAAUGGCACCCAGUGAUUUCCCUUCCUUCACAGCCCUCGAAAACCAAACACAAACGACAACGGGACCAAUAUAUGACGCCCGCCUGGGUUCAUCCAGUCGACAAAGCCUUGCCAGCAGUGUUGGGGGCAGUCGAGCUGCAGCUCAACGCCCCGCGCGGAAGGGAACACCCGUCGCAAAAAUGUUCGUGAUCUGCUGCCAGUGCAAAUAUUGGCACGACAUGCCUUCGGACGUAUAUGCCAAACUUGCUUUCCCCCACGGCGUACCCGCCACCGAUCCCCUUUUUGGCGAUGAUCAAUACAGCUCCCGUUACCAGCAGCAGGUUCCUAUGGCAAGCGGUGCAUUAUCUGCUCAAGGUGGUGGCAGUAGCAGCACCAUUACCGAAACGAGCUCAGGAGCUUCCAAUAACAAUAUUGCGAUGGAUAAUAAAUCGCUACGUGGCUCUCGGCCGUCAUCUUCCAGCUCUUCCUCUUCCAAUAAUUUCACGGUGACGUGCUGUUGGUGUGCACAUCGGAUGGUUAAGAUUUGUUGUGCGGGUUGGACUACUAUUGUCUAUCUCCAUGAGCGGCACCACUGA